AUGUGCAUCUCUAAUUCUACCAGUUACAUUGUUGCAGCCCUAGGCACCCAAUGUCUAAGGAAUUUCUCAAUGGUCUGUUUAGAAGUUUAUGCCCUUUAUGUGGGAGGAAGGCUGAUGAAUGGCAAAAUUAUUGCUCCCACUUUCACUUUUUUGUGUCUCCGCGGAGUUUCACUUGCUAUCCGUAAAAGCCUACAUGUUCAAUGUUCUAUUGUUCCCACUUUCACUUUUAGUUCUGCUUGUGUCUGCGCGGGAGUUUCACUUGCUAUCCGUAAAAACCUACAUGUUCAAUGUUCUGUAAUUGCUUGUGCACAGUUGGAAUCGGCUAUUGCAUUUGCUUACAUGAGCUGGUUGGCCAGUUUCCCAUCAUUUUCCUCAACUCUUUGA